UUUAAAUUACGCCAGCAGCCAAUAAUCGCUGCUCUUCCUCGCAGAUACUUCCGGUUUAGCUUUUUUUUCUUUUCUUUUUUUUUCUUAAAGCGAAGCGAGAAUUUAAUUCGCAAUGGACCGCAGCACAGGAACAGAGCGCUUGCAAUUGCUGCAUAAGAUCGAUUCGGGGCUUGAUUCAAACGAUGUGGCUGCGCUCAAGUUCCUGUGCAAGGACCUCGUCCCCCAGAAACAUCUGGAGCGCGUUCAUGAUGGAAGGGAUCUCUUCUUGCGGCUGGAGGACCAAGGGCUUCUGGAAGACGAUUUAUUGGUGGGAGAUCUGUUGUAUACAAUACAACGCAGGGACCUGCUUCGACUCCUGGGUCGUGAUGCGAUGGAGCAAUCUCUCCAGGACCCAAGAAACUCCAGGAUCUCUCCUUACCGGAAGAUGCUGUAUAAUCUGUCUGAAGAUGUGACAGAGGAUAAUCUCAGAACCAUUAAGUUCUUGUUGAAACUCCCCAGGGGCAAAUUGGAGCCGAAUGCGUCUUUCUUGGAUGUGCUGGUUGCCAUGGAGAAACAGGAGCUGCUGAGAGAGGAUUCUCUGGAGGCACUGGAGAAAGUGUGUACUCACUGUGACAAGCGGCUAGCCACGAAAGUGCGGGAGUUUGCAGAACACAGGGCACGUGAGGAAACGCCAGGCUCAGGGGGCCAUAAUUUAAGAGUCUCCAGGCGAGAGUCAUCUGUGCGCAGCUACACAGACAGUAACCCGAGCCCUGAAGAUGGCAGCCAACUGGUGAAUUCUCCACCCAGAUCACUACAGGUUACCCCUAAUGCUUCUGUCCCCGAACCCAGUCUCAGCAGAACACCUGUGCACCACCAACUAUCUGUGGACGCUGGGACAGAAUCCAUAUAUGAGGAGGCUUAUGACAUGAGUCGUCGACCUCGGGGCCACUGCAUCAUCAUCAACAACCACAACUUUGAGGCCUCCAGAAAACACCCGAACCGUGACGGCACGGACGUGGACGCGAGGGCCCUGAAGGAGGUGUUUGAGAGGAUGCACUUCAGGGUUCACCCCCAUCGCGAUCUGACUCAAGCACGUCUGCUGAGCGUGCUGGAGGAGUUCGGUUCGAUGACGCACGGUGAGCUGGACGCCUUCGUGUGCUGCGUGCUCUCCCACGGGAAGAAGGGCUUCGUGUACGGCACGGACGGAGAGCCGGUGUCCAUCCGCCAGCUCACCCAGCUCUUCACCAGCAGCCGCUGCCCCUCGCUGGCCGGCAAGCCCAAGCUCUUCUUCAUCCAGGCCUGCCAGGUGCAGGAGCCGUGCAUCCAAAGCGACGGGCCGGGGGACACCCUCUACGAGACCGACGCAGUGAGGCCUGACACCAUCCCCGAUGACUCAGACUUCCUGCUGGGAAUGGCCACUGUGGAGUACCAGAAGGCCUAUCGCCACAACCAGAAUGGCUCUGCCUUCAUCCAGGAGCUCUGCAAGCAGCUGAAGUGCGGCUCUCCCAGGAAAGAAGACAUCCUGGCGAUCAUGACCAAGGUGAAUCGAGAGGUGAGCCGCAUAAGCUUUGGAAAGUUCAAGCAGAUGCCAGAACCGAGGUACACACUAACUAAGAAGGUGAUCCUGACCAUGGACUGAGCUGCACUGUGCCACCCACACCUGUCAUCCAACACACAACGCCCUGUUAUUCAGCAGCUCAGAGACGGACCAUCGGAAGAAGCGGCUUUUAUCCAUCGCAUUGCCAGUGCCUUCACCUUAACAGUGCUUUUUAUACCUAUACAUUGGUACCUUUUAAAAGACAUACUUUGCACUUUUAUAAUAAAAUGAAUCUAAUACAUGUAUAAAA